AUGGGCGCCCCGGAAAAGUCUCAAUCUAACACCAAUUCGAUGCAGAGAGUGAAGGUCUAUCAUUUGAAUGAAGAUGGUAAAUGGGAUGAUCGAGGAACUGGGCAUGUGAGCAUCGACUAUGUGGAGCGUUCCGAAGAACUCAGUCUAUGCGUAGUUGAUGAAGAAGAUAAUGAGACUUUACUUGUGCAUCCCAUCAACCCUGAGGAUAUAUAUAGGAAGCAAGAAGACACUAUAAUCUCAUGGAGAGACCCAGAGCGCUCAACAGAAUUGGCUUUGAGCUUUCAAGAGACUGCGGGGUGCUCCUAUGUAUGGGAUCAAAUCUGCACUAUGCAACGCAAUUUGCAUUUCAGCUCCCUGAACAGUGAAACAUUUCACAGCCUGAAUAGUGAGCUGAGGGAGCUUCCUGCUGUAGAGCUUACUUCACUUCCCCUAAUACUGAAGAUUGUUACAGAGAGUGGCAUUACCGAUCAGAUGCGUCUAACAGAACUUAUUUUGAAGGAUCAUGAUUUCUUCCGGAAUCUGAUGGGGGUAUUUAAAAUAUGCGAGGACUUGGAAAAUGUUGAUGGCCUUCACAUGAUAUUUAAUAUUGUCAAGGGAAUCAUUUUGCUCAACAGUUCUCAGAUCUUGGAGAAAAUAUUUGGAGAUGAGCUGAUCAUGGAAAUUAUCGGAUGCCUUGAGUAUGACCCUGGCGUUCCUCACUCCCAGCACCACCGGAAUUUUCUGAAGGAGCAUGUUGUUUUUAAGGAGGCUAUACCAAUUAAAGAUCCCUUAGUCCUGUCAAAGAUACACCAAACAUACAGAAUUGGUUACUUGAAGGAUGUUGUUUUGGCUAGAGUACUAGAUGAUGCUAUAGUUGCAAACUUGAAUUCAGUAAUCCAUGCGAACAAUGCCAUUGUUGUUUCAUUGCUGAAGGACGAUAGUACUUUUAUUCAAGAACUAUUUGCAAGGUUUAGGUCACCUUCUACAUCUAUGGAAUCGAAGAAAAAUUUGGUAUAUUUCUUGCACGAGUUUUGUAGUUUAAGCAAGAGUCUCCAAGUGGUGCAGCAGUUGCGGCUUUUUAGGGACCUUAUUAAUGAAGGGAUUUUUCAUGUCAUAGAAGAAGCCUUGCAGAUGCCAGACAAAAAACUUGUAUUAACUGGGACAGAUAUCCUGAUUCUUUUCUUGACUCAAGACCCCAACCUUUUACGUUCUUAUGUUGUUCGGACAGAAGGAAACCCACUCCUCGGUCUCCUGGUCAAGGGAAUGAUGGAAGACUUUGGUAAUAAGAUGCAUUGCCAAUUUCUAGAAAUUAUCCGAACCUUACUGGAUGCAAAUCCAUUGUCUGGUGGAGCUCAGAGAGCAAAUAUCAUGGAUAUUUUCUGUGAGAAGCAUCUUCCUGAGUUAGUGGAUGUUAUUAGUGCCUCAUGUCCUGAUAAGUCAGGCGACACAUCUGAAGUUGCAGCCAGAAGGAUUAGCACAAAGCCGGAAGUCCUAUUGAACAUAUGUGAAUUGUUGUGCUUCUGCAUCAUGCAAGAUUCAUCCAGAACAAAAUGCAGUUUUCUCCAAAACAAUGUGGCUGAAAAGGUCUUGCAUCUCACGCGGAGAAAGGAAAAAUACCUAGUGGUUGCUGCUAUACGAUUUGUCCGCACUCUCCUAUCUGUGCAUGAUGAUCAUGUCCAGAAUUACGUUGUUCAGAACAAUAUGCUGAAACCGAUUAUAGAUGUCUUCAUUGCCAACAGGAACCGGUACAAUCUGCUGAACUCUGCAGUCUUGGAUCUGCUUGAGCACAUACGCAAGGGCAAUGCAACUCUGUUGCUCAAAUACAUAGUUGAUACGUUUUGGGACCUAUUGGCCCCAUUUCAGUGCUUGGCCUCCAUCCAGGCUUUUAAGGUCAAGUAUGAACAGUGCUUAGAAAGUGCCGGACCAAAAAGCACUGCUGAUGCGGUAGAUCCGAGAAGAAGAGUUGACGAACGUGCGUUGGAUAAAGAGGAGGAAGAUUAUUUCAAUGAAGACAGCGAUGAAGAAGAUUCUGCAUCUGCUUCUAAUACACAAAAGGAAAAACCUGCGCCUGAUACACAGAAAGAACAACCUAAGCCUCAUCUUUCAAAUGGCGUGGCUGCAAGCCCUGCUUCUUCGAGCCCGAGGUCUGGAGGCUUGGUUGACUAUGAGGACGAUGAAGAUGAUGAAGACUAUAAACCUCCUCCCCGGAAACAGCCAGAAGCCUCUGAGGAGGAGGAAGGCGAGCUCCUUAUGCUGAAACGCAAAUCCCCUUGCGAAGAAAGAGAACAAGAACCGUCCAAGAAACCGCGGCUGGGUAAAAAUUCGAAGAGAGAAAAUGUAUUUGCUGUGCUAUGUUCGACGCUAAGCCACGCAGUGCUUACGGGGAAGAAAAGUCAAGGCACCACCGGAUCUGCAGUCCGUUCAAUUGUAGCCAAGGAAUCUGAGGACUCGAGAAGUGGUGAAGAGAAUCAUAGCAGCAGUUCAGAUGACGAAAAUCACAAGGAUGAUGGAGUUUCUAGUUCCGAACACGGAACAUCAGACAAUGGAAAGCUAAAUGGGGAAGAAUCCCUGGUUGUAGCUCCAAAAUCAUCACCCGAAAUGGCUGUGAAUGGAUCCUGA